AUCUUUGGUCAAAUCUUGGCACAUCUGCAAUGCAGAUCUGCUUCAAAUCUGCAGAAUCCCUUUGCAGAAUCUGCAAAGUUACUGCAAAGAUUUUUCCAGAUUUAUGUUGCAGAAAAAUCACCUGGGCCUGUCUUCAUCACGGUUAUCCGAGGGGCUUUUCAAUAUGAGUCUCUCAGCUAAUGAAGUGGUGCCAUUUUCCACACAAGCAGGGAGAAUCUAUCGUCUUAGUACCUUAGCUCACAGAAGUGGCAAUACUCAUUCAAUGUCAUAAUUAUAGGAUUUGACUAAAAUGAAAAUCGCAUUAGUAACGUAUUUUUCUUUUAGCAUUUGCGUUUGCAAAAACCUAUUUAGGAUUAUUUAUUGCCCGAGCAAUACAGGGAAUUGGUUCAUCGUUUUCUACUGUUUCAGGUCCUAAAACAUACCUUCAUCGAAUUUAUCUUUUAAUGUAUAGCGUUUAUUAUUACUAUUUUAGGCCUUGGCAUGCUAGCUGUACGAUAUACUGAUGAUGCAGAACGUGGACGAGCUAUCGGAAUCGGAAUGGGUGGACUGGCACUUGGAAUUCUCGUGUUGCGAUUAACUAUUAUCGCGCCACCAGAUUCAAUUAAACAAACACAGCAAAAUGACACGCCGAUCACAACGUUAUUACAAGAUCCAUAUAUACUAAUUGCCUUAGGAAAUGAGUUAUUUAUAUUCUGUAGAAAAUUGGCAACAGUUUUACGAAAUGCAAAUGUGAAAUACCGGAUAAUAUUCAAAAAGCAUAGAACAAUUGGACAAGAAUUUCGUAGACAGAUGAAAGAAGAUAGUUUCAGGAAAGUUGGCGUGGCUUAUGCUGUUGAGUGUAAAAAUUGCGAUAAAAUACCACAAGCAAAGUCAUUUUAUGGAUUAAUAGCACCAAAUAUUUGUUUGGGCUUUGGACUGGGCACAAUUUCUGCAUCAAUGAUGCCAGCAAUGGCUUUUCUUGUUGAUUUACGUUAUUCAUCUGUAUAUGGGAAUAUUUAUGCUCUUGCUGAUUCUGCUUUCUGUAUUUCAUUUACCGUUGGACCUGCCUUGAGUGGUUUCGCAGUUCGUUUAGUUGGUUUUCCAUGGAUGCUUCGCAUUCUAGCGAUUAUAAGCUUAUCAUAUGCUCCAUUAUUGCUACUACUACGCAGUCCUCCAGUUCGAAAUGAAAAAACGUCUUUAAUUACAAAUAAAAAUUAUGAAUAA